AUAAAAUCUUUCUCACAUCAUCUCUAAAAUUUCCAUGAAAAAGAAAAACAAAAAAACAGUUGCAAAAUUCCGAAAUGGAGAAAUCAAGUUUCUUUUGCUUUGUGCUGCUGCUCCUCCUCCCUUUCAUUCAAUUACAAGCCUCUUCUUCCCACAAUCACAAGGCUUACAUUGUUUACUUUGGAGAGCACCAUGGAGAUAAGAGUUGGGAAGAGAUAGAAGCAAGGCACCAUUCAUAUUUGAUGUCGGUAAAAGAGAGUGAAGAAGAUGCAAAAUCCUCUCUUCUGUACAAUUACAAACACUCCAUCAAUGCUUUUGCUGCAAUUCUUACUCCUCAACAAGCCUCCAAACUUUCAGAAUUGGAUGAAGUGGUGUCUGUGAUAGAGAGUAAAAAGUACAGGAUGCACACAACAAGGUCAUGGGAGUUUUCAGGGGUUGAAGAAGACAAACCCACCAUUAAUGACUUGGUUUAUAGAGCUAACUAUGGAAAAGAUGUUGUCAUUGGAAUGCUUGACAGUGGUGUGUGGCCAAAGUCCAAAAGCUUUAGUGAUAAAGGGAUGGGACCCAUUCCAAAAUCAUGGAAGGGAAUCUGCCAAACAGGGCCUGCCUUUCAAUCUGCUCAUUGUAAUAGGAAGAUAAUUGGCGCUCGAUAUUACCUAAAGGGAUACGAGCAUCACUUCGGCCGUUUAAAUGAAACGGCGGACUACCGAUCACCGUGCGACAAGGACGGCCACGGAUCUCACACAGCCUCCAUCGCCGGCGGCCGCAGGGUCUACAACGUGUCCGCCUUUGGCGGCGUCGCUUGGGGCACGGCCUCCGGCGGGGCCCCGUGGGCCCGGCUUGCAAUUUACAAGGUUUGUUGGGCCAUUCCGAACCAAAUGAAAGCUCUGGGAAACGUUUGUUUCGACACGGACAUGUUGGCUGCCAUGGACGACGCCAUUGCCGACGGUGUCGAUGUUCUGAGCUUGUCCAUUGGAAAAUCGGAUCCGUACAAUUACACGGACGAUGGAAUCGCCAUCGGAGCUCUGCACGCCGUUAAAAGAGACAUCGUCGUGUCUUGUAGCGCUGGGAAUUAUGGGCCUACCCCGUCGGCAUUGUCUAAUAUUGCACCGUGGAUCAUCACCGUUGGAGCUAGCACUGUUGAUCGGGAAUUUUAUUCUCCGGUCAUUCUUGGUAAUGGGUUGAAGAUUAAGGGAUUGUCGGUGGCUCCGUCGAAGUUGAAGAGGAAGAAGAUGUAUCCAUUAGUGUAUGCUGGAGAUAUAUUGAAGCCUCAUGUACCCCGAAACCAAUCUGGGCUAUGUGUUGCAGGCUCGCUUUCACACGAGAAAGCCAAAGGAAAGAUAGUGUUGUGCUUUAGAGGAGAAGGAAUCAGCCGAUUCGCCGGCAGCCUCGAAGUUAAAAGGUCAGGCGGCGCCGGAAUGAUACUCGGAAAUGUGCCAGCGGUAGGUCGGAGGCCGCACGCCGAUCCCCAUUUUGUUCCGGCCACCGCCGUGUCUUACGAAGAUGCAAAUAUGAUCCUGAAAUAUAUAAAAUCUCGCACAAAUCCAACUGCAAAUAUUGUUCCACCUAUCACUAUCUACGGCUCCAGGCCGGCGCCGGCCAUGGCCAACUUCUCAAGUCGAGGUCCAAACCCCGUCGACCCUCAUUUUCUUAAGCCGGACAUAACAGCUCCAGGAGUGGACAUACUAGCAGCAUGGUCCGAACAAGAUUCCCCAACAAAACUUCCAAAAUACUUGGACCCUCGUAUUGUCAAAUACAAUCUCUACUCCGGCACCUCCAUGUCCUGUCCCCACGUCUCCGCCGCCGCUGCCCUCCUCCGCGCCAUCCACCCUUCAUGGUCCCAAGCCGCCAUCCGCUCCGCCCUCAUGACCACUGCCACCACCAUCAAUAAAUCCGGCCACCCACUCACCGACGACGCCUCCCCCGACAAUUCCCCCGCAUCCCCUUUCUCCUUCGGCUCCGGCCACUUUCGCCCCUCCAAGGCGGCGGAUCCCGGCCUUGUCUACGACUCCAAUUACACCGAUUACCUCCACUACCUGUGCGGCCUCAAAAUGAACUCCAUUGACCCUUCCUUCACGUGCCCUCCACGUGCCCUCCAUCCCCACGACCUCAAUUACCCUUCCAUUGCCGUCCCUCGACUCAGAGGCGCCGUGAGGAUCAAAAGGACCGUCACCAAUGUGGGCGGCGGAGGUAAAAGUGUAUACUUUUUUCACAGCGAGGCGCCGCCGGGUGUGGCGGUGAGUGCUUCUCCUAAUAUAUUGUAUUUCAACAGAGUUGGGGAGCGGAAAAGAUUCACGAUUACAGUGAGUGGGAAAGUUAAAAAUAGUAAUAAUAAUGAUAAUAAUAAUGGGUACUCUUUUGGUUGGUUUGCUUGGACUGAUGGGAUUCACUAUGUUAGAAGCCCAAUUGCAGUUUCUUCAACUUAAAAUUUUCUUACCCCCUUUUAUAUAUAUUGCCUUAUAUAAUAAACAAUUUAGUACUAUUUUUGUGUUA